UGGUCAGUGCGCCGAGAGCUGCCUCUGGGAGCGAGGAGCCACCACCAUGUCGGGGAAAUUUGAGAUUAUGAACAUGGACAUGAAGUUGGGGACAACCCUGAAGAUCAAGGGCAAGAUUGCUGAUGAUGCUGAUGGGUUUGUGAUUAAUCUGGGCCAAGGGACAGACAUGCUGGAUCUGCAUUUCAAUCCACGUUUUGGUGAAUCCACCAUAGUCUGCAAUUCAUGGGAUGGCAACAACUGGGGGAAGGAGCAACGGGAAGAUCACAUGUGCUUCAGCCCAGGGUCGGAGGUCAAGUUCACUGUGACCUUUGAGAGUGACAAAUUCAAGGUGAAGCUGCCAGACGGGCACCAGCUGACCUUUCCCAACAGGCUGGGCCACGGCCACCUGAGCUACCUGAGCGUGCUGGGCGGGUUCAGCCUCUCCUCCUUCAAGCUUGACUGAGUGGGCGGCACCUCGCAGAGGCUGGCCCCCAGCACGCCCAGCCCUGAACUUCUUCCCAGUCACUCCGGAUCAGCAGCCUCUGGGCCCCGGCUCCCCAUCUGCACUGCCUGCCUCUCUGACCCCAUUUUCCUCCCCCAA